AUGACCAAUACCAUCAAAGCCAAUGACCUCUUCUUCGAGGACCUCACCGGCGAUCCGAACUUGACCUACCGCGCCGCCAGCCCAACCACAGCUCCCGACCCUUCAACCCGCGAAAGCCCUCUCCACCACCCCAGCCCUCCACCACAAGCGAACCACCCACAGCCUGACGCGCCCACCAUCAAGCGGAAGCGCUCGCCCUCCCCGCUGCCACCAGCCUGGCCCACACCGUCCACCACACCGCUGGACCCCAAAUACGGCCCAUGGCAGUACGGUAGCGUCGCCGAAGUCAAGGCGCGCCGCGUCGUGAUACAGCGGGAGCUGAAGAUGUUGAGCGAGAGGGAGAAGGUGUUGAAGGCGGAGGAGAUGGGUGGCAAGGGGAAGAAGUACAAGAAACAGAGGAAGGGGAAGGAGGACCAGGAGAGGGAGUGGGAGGAGAUGUAUGGUGGGGCGAGUGUGCAGGUGAAGAACAAUGCCGAGGAGACGAAGAUGGGUUGA